CAGAGGCGAAGUAAGCAAUACUGGCUUGUAGUGACGUCCUGCCGCCUUGAAGAGUCGGUUUCGUUAACUUGGCCUCUUGCUCCUCUGUUCGUGAUGUAUAGUAGUGCGGGUCUGUUCGAGUUCAGCGAAACCAAAAACAGCUCUGUUUCUCUCUGCUUUGAGAUUGAAUUAACAUGAAACCUCCCUUGGGUGGGACGUAAGUGAAAUGCAAGGAAUUUUAGUGAUUAUUCAGCUCUAUUUUACUGCUGCGACUUUGGCGAGCACUGGCCUUCGCUUUUCAACGAAAGAUCCAGCGGCCUUUGCUAGAUUCAAGGGAUGGAAUGCUAAGACAAACGGUACGCUUCAAUUCCAUUUCAAAACGCACAAGGAAAAUAGCUUCCUCAUCUAUGAGGACGACAAUGGGCAAUGUCAGCAUUUUUAUCUGUCUCUGCUGGAGGGAAGACUCAGUUUACGUUUAAAAAUGGGAAACUGCGAGAAAAUACAAACUCUUCUUGUUGGACAUAAACUCGCCGACGGAAAAUGGCACGAAGUAAUUGUCCAAAGAAACUUCUCUGAAACGCGUGUAACAGUGGAUGACCUUUUCACCAAUAGCACAUACUACAGGGGAAUUGAUCAUCCGUUUUUUGGAGUUAAAAGUGACUUAUAUGUUGGUGGCAUUUCGUCUUACACACAGUUCAAUGACCUUUCUUUCCCAGCCAUAAAGUACGAAAGUAUUUCGAGCAGGUAAGAUUUUCACGAGCUAGUUGUAAAUGAAAGUUUGCAUAACGCAAUUUUGUCUGUUUUUAACGGCAUUUUUGGACCCUUUAUUUAUUGUAAAAGAAUUUUUCGCAAUAAGGUUUAAAAACAAAAAUGAUCAUUUGGGGAAAAUACGAAGUGAUGUUUAGUAAACAACAGCUGCAUCGAAAUCUUCUCAAACAGCCAAAUCAGUUGAAUUAGUUUCUUUCUUUACUUCUUUUUAAUGAGGAAGGGGAUACGCCAUUAAUUAACGCAAAACAAGGCGAUCAAAAAUCUGACAUGUUUCUAUCAACCCACGCACUGAUAGUUAAUUCAGUCAAGGUCGUUGCUUUUCAGUUUAAUGUGCAAAUCAUCAUUUUUCUUCCUCGAAAGAAUUAAUAAAUUCAUUCCACAGGAAAGGACGCAUAAAUUAUUUAUUUUUGGAAAUGAAAUCCAGCCUCCCUGAUGAAUAAUGUAUUGUUUUUCUGCGAAAAUUCCUCGAUGAAUGGAGAAUAAAGGCUUAAGAAAGAUUGUUCAUGUUGAAGACAUUCCAUCUUCACGUUUUUCAUAAAGGAUGGCCAAAACUAACCUGAGUCCAGGCAAUUGCUAAAAGAUUUCAUUGUAAAGACUUGAUUUUUAGAGCAAACAGACUGUACAGAGAGUUUGUACGCUCGCUAUAUUUUCACUGGUUUUUUGCCCACAGUUUUCAGGGCUGCAUAAGCGGGAUCACAUACAGUAAUGGAAGGAGUCAUUUGAGAGAAGCACAGUUGAAAGAAGCUUCUGGAACAACGCAAGGUUGUUUGGAUCCUUGCUCGCAACCUGAUCGGUGCUUAAAUGGCGGCAAAUGUCAUGAGAACGUCAGUGGAGUGUGGUGUGAUUGCAAGGGAACUGGGUACGAAGGACAAAAAUGCGAAGAAGGUAGGUACCAGUCUUCCGCGGUCUAGUUGAGAUAAGUCAGAUAACCUUCAAUUCAAAAAUGUAAAAGUUAUUCUUAUGAAAAUUUCGAUUGUCAGCUGUGCUUUUCGGCCAGUUCAGUUAUCAUUUAAAGUUUAAACUUGAAUACUAUUUUAUUCCCUCGUUGUCUUUUUUCUGAGUCAUAAUUACAAAGCAAUUUUUUAUAAACAUGAUUCAUGAUUCCCGACUUGGUCUGCAAAGAUGCAAAGCUUUCCCUCCUGAUUAUUUGAGAAAGAACAAUAGAGAUUUCGAAUAUAUAUAUCAAAGUGAUUUUACUCGUUGUUUAGCAAAUCCUUAUCAGUUCAUAACAAGAAAAGUUCAAUUUGAACAGAAAAGCGUUUCCUCCGACAGAUGAGAAACCACAAACCACGUGGUUGGUUUCUUCUCAGACCUCAAAUGACACUUUAAGCUAACCUUGGCUAAUAUCCUUGUAAUCUAGCGCUAACAACAAUCAACUUUUCAUUUCUUUUCCAAACGAUGUUGAAAGAAAAAACGUGACCUAAGAAUUCAAGAAUCGAAACUUAAUGGGCCUAAAUUAAGCAUGUUUCCUUGUAAGAUUGACAAAAAAAGGGGUUAUUAGUUUAUUGUACUGAAACGUUCAUCGAAGUUUUCAUAAUAUGAAAUCACUUUCAGCGUUCGAUUCAUAAUCGGAGACUUGCAAGAGAUCUUUUAUCGCCAUCAACUAUAACAGCAUUCAGUUAUAUUUUCAUAUGAAAUUAUUCAAGUUCAUUAUCUUUCUUUUUGUUAUGAUUACAACACUUUUCGUGGCUAGUUAUUGAGUCUACAAACACUACCACGCUGAUCCAGCCUAUGUUUCAGUUCUCAAGCUGAUCACUGAUUUGUGACCUAAUUAUUAGUUCGCCUGACAGAAAAAGUCCGUCAAGAAGAGAAAAAAACCUGGUCCACGCGGCUAGAUUCCGCUUUUAUCAUUUGUGGGAUUAUUUUUUCUUUUCUUGUCUCGUCUUUUUUUUUUUUUCUGACUGACCAGUUGAUGUCUAUGUAAAAUAGAACCAAGUUUUCCAUUACUUUUAGGGCCUGUUGACACUACUUGAGCCAAUCCGGUUAGUCGGGCUGGCCUUCUUUAUCAGGCUGGCUUGGGUUAUUUUUUCCUUGUAAAAUUGUCGUUAUAAUUAUAUAUACGAGAAGAACGUCAAGAACGCACCGGCCAGCCCUGUAAAGCGGGGCAGACGGGCGUUUUUUAGACAGGCCCUUACAGACUCUUGAUGGCAACAUUUCCAUUAUUGUUGUUCAAAGAGAUAAAAGUCUAAGCAGGAGUAUGUAACAAAGACAUUGCUAAGCUUUGGGGUUGACGAAGAGCGAUGCUUAACCCAAUAAUCAUAAAAUCAAAAUAAUCAAAAAAAAAAUUGAAAUAGUGAAGAACAUUUGCUUUAUAAUUUUAGAGGCGGCAUCUAUUUGGCUGAAUGGAAGUAGUUACAUAGUCUAUACCCUGGACCCCAAAGAGGAGAAGUCGCAUUCAAAUUGCACUUACGUGGCGUUUAGUCUGAGGACAAAAACCCCAAACGGAGUUAUUUUCAGUCUCCGGUUGUCUGAUAAAUAUCUGUUAAUCGAGAUGGUCCAUGGAAAGUUGAGAGUAGAGGAUUUGAACCUAGGACAAGGUAAAUGUGGAUUUAAUAAUCUCCGUUGUCCUGAAUGGUGUUGGUAAGGUUUCUCCUUGUUUCUUGCUAGUUAGAACUUUUGCUAGCUAUAUGCCUUCUUGCUAUUGUUCUUAAAUAUUCGCAACGUCCUAUUUCUCGCCAAACUCAAAUAGGGGUAUGUUUAUUUGAGGAGCAGAUUACGUUAUGUUAGAUGCCUUUAUAAUACGAGCAGCAUGCCCUGUAACCUAGUCAGUGGAAGUGAACAUCACGUACUGGAAGGACCUCCCAAAAUAGUAUCGAGCGGUGAGAAGAUAAAUGUCCCUGUUUAUAAUAGGCUCGAUUACCAAGAGCCUGCUGUUUGGUCCAAGUCAGUGGUAACAAAAUAAAUGGGAAAGCAGAAAUUAUUUACAGUGCGACAACUCAAACCGGGGCACUUGGAAGAAGAUUGUCCAAUCACAACGAUUUCUGAAAAGAAAAGACUCUCAAGUUUUUCGGCAACGGAGCAAUUAAAUUCAAGGCCUUCAACUAUGCAACCGUUGAAAUCUUUAAAAGCCGGCGUUUGAACUAAUCUGGCCUGUCAGGAAACAGUCCUCAAAUAUAUGAACGUUAUUGUCUCGCUUGCCUAAAACCUUGAGAAUCUUUUGUUUUUAGAAAUCUUUGUGAUAGGACAAUUUUCUUCCAAGUGCCCUGGUUCUAGUAGUCGCACUGUAAGCAAUAUUUUUUCUAAAUAAGAUUCUUUGUUUGUUUGUGUUUUUACAUUAAGUUCUGUUUUCACUCAGACCUAAAUCACUUUUCUUUAAAAAUAUUCUUAUAUUCAUCUGUUUUUCUUACUUAAGUGGUGGCGAAUGAUUUUCAGUUCGCGAUCGAUUCUUUGGAAGCCCGAACUUUUUUUCACCUUUUAUUGCUUAGUGUGUAUGUUUUCUCCUCGAAUUAUUUUGUACCAUCUUAUAAGCUCCGUAUCUUCUUUUAUUAAACCAAAGCAAUUUUAACUUGAAACUGAUAAGCUCUGGUGAUUGUUGCAUUAUAACUGAAAUUAUUUCGCGUUUAUGAUUUAAAACGGUGUAAAGAUAAAAUUUUUUGUCUCUUUGCACAUAAACAAAAUGAAAGUUAAAAAGAUUUGUAAAUUCCCUUGCUGUGGGAUCGUGUCUUCUUUCAAGUUAACCAUUGAGCUUAAAUGGAAACUCCACUUGUAGGUUUGCCUGAGUUUAUAUAUUAAAACAAUUAAAUGUGUUCAUUUGUCGCCACUUUAGAAACUGGGACAAGUUAACUUUCUCAAAGACUUUCUGGGAUCGCUACUGGGGACGCGCUAUUCAGCUAUUGGCCAAUUUGGUUGCCCUGUGCUUAGUAGCAAUCCCAGAAGUCUUUGAGAAAGUUAACUUGUCCCAGUUUCUGCUCGUUGCUAAAGUAUACAUGGAAAUAAAAUUCUUUCCUUUUGUCUCCAGAUGAGCCAGUUUUCAAUGGAAAUAAUGUACACCUUGAUGAUGGCAGCUGGCAUUGGAUCGAGUUUAACAAGAUUGGUCGCGCAGUCACGUUAAAAAUCGACGGAAAAACUUUACCUUAUGUCAAAAAUCCAGGAAAGAGUUUUCAACUAAACAGUGAGGACCAGAGAAAUAAAGCGUAUUUGGGUGGCGGACCAACAGGAGCCAUCAAAACAUCGCACACAAAAAUGAAUUUCUCCGGACAAUUAAGAGAGUUUUACUAUGGAGACAUGGAGCUAUUGGAGUAUGUUGUACCUACGAUAAAAAGCAAACAAUUUGAGAUAGUUGGGAGGGUUAUUGAUGGUGCCACAAUAAUAGAGACAAGUGGGUCGGGAUGUGAUCCAUUUGAUGAUGAUGAGGAUUCAAGCUGUGCGCUACCUGAUCUAACUCCUUCGACAGGUAGGUUAUACAGUGGAACUUAACUCUACGGACAACCGCAUAUAACGGACAGUUUCGUUUGUCUUGAAGAAAAGCGCAUAUAUUCUCUCUAAAAUUAGCCCACUUAGCUCGGACACCGGUUAAUAUGGACAACAAACACUUUUCUAUGUCACGAGUCACAUAAUCGCAUACUUCGUCAAUCUCUCUUUACGGACACUAAGUGUCUGCGCACUGACCAUGACUGAAUAUCUUACCAGUGUAAACCUAACACGCAGAAACAGCAAAUGACCUUUCAAACGUCCUAUAUAGUGUUCACUCCACCUGGCUGAGUCGCAAACUAAAAGCGCCAGUGCAAAGUUAAGUCGUGACAUUGUUGUAUUUCAAGACAAAUACUUGAAAGGUAGUUUUAGUCCGAGAAAAUCAUGAUAGAUGGUCGUGAGGUUCCAACUUGUAAAAGUUAAGGACAGAACAACUUUCCUCUUAAAAAUGUCUGCUUUAGUCUUUAACAUUAAUAUUUUUUCUGUUUUUCCAAGAUGAUAUGAUGUCGUCAACAAGUGAACCAACUUCGGAUUCAGACUACCCUCCUACUGUGGCUCAGGCCUACCUCUCCCUGCCGCAGGUGGUCCCAUUUUGGGUAAUUCUCUUGAUGGUGAUAGCCGCCGCUAUCGCUAUAUCUUUCACAGUCUUUUUCUUGUAUCGCUGGAAUACUCGGUACACUGGUUCUUUUAAACCAGAGCAAACUUCGUCAAGUGGAGAUCUACCGCAGCAUAUUGCACAAGUGCUGAAUAAUUCGAAACCUCGAAUUUAUGUCAAAUCACCUGACGAAAAAGUGUAAGGGGGUUUUCAAAGCGUCAUGGGUAGAUAGCAACGAUCACUAUGACAACUAAGAGGGUGAGAAAAUUCAACAAAUCGCUUCAUCUCCCGAGGAGUGAUAGCUUUUUGCAAUAAAGGAAAAGUGUUAUGUCAUUCAAUAUAUGGAGAUGAAAUGGAUACGUUUAAUUGCUUCCCAAGAAGUGAUCGAUGCUGCGCAAAUUUGGCGUUUGUAAUUUACUGGUAGCGCAGUCAGAGUGAAGACUUAAAAUUUUGACUGAGUAUUUGUUGCUCAGAUUACGUUUCAGUGUGGUAAUACUCCCGACAUGAAUAUUAAACCGCAUGUAUUAGCAGCAGUCUCUUUAAAUGUAUGUGCGCAGUUUGGUGAGGCGCAUAGCUUAUCUAGCUCACCUACAAACACGAUUGUAACUAGUGUGAACCAAGCUUUCAGGGGUUAAAGUCGCGUUUAAUGGCCAACAAAUGUCUGGAUCGCCUAUAAAGAUAUGGAUGAGUUCAGCCAUUAAAGCAACAUUGACGAACGACUUUGUCUGAAACUGCCCGCCAUGCAGUCUGCUAAAAACGUAGAACACUUUAAUUUAGCUGGGAUGUUUUCCUACGAAACCAUAUUUAAGAAAAUAUUUCUCAAUAUUCAGAUGCAUAGGAUAUUAAGAACUCAAAGCUAGAUUCCCUGGUAAAAGAAAACACCAGAGGGCUAAAUACUUCUGCAAAAUUAGAUAACUCAGGGUGACCUAAAGAUUGACUCCAAAUUGAGAGAGGCGCCUCAGUUAUUCGCUCUGUUUCAUUAGAGGAGAAAGAUGGUUUUGCGUUACCAUUUUACUGUGUGGAAGCGUCCGAUCACCAGAAGUCAAAAUUGUUUUUCCUAAAGAAAACGGUAACU